UGCACUGGUGACCUCUAACGCAAUUCCUUCAACUUCCUGCUGCUGUUUCAAAAUCCCUCAAUUAUUGCUGCUUCCUGCCAUCAAUGCUGUUCAAGGCUGGGCAACAGUAAGCAGACAUAUCUCUCGAUACCCCUCCAAUCUAUGGCUAUUGCUAGCUCCGCCCUCGAAGUGCGGUAACUGUCGGACACCGCUUUUGUACGCCUCGAAUCUCCGCUGUACACCAUCAUGGAGCUCGUGCAGAAGGAACAUGAGCGGCUGAUGAAGAAGACCAAAGCCUCUCAGGGUCUCAAAUCGAUACAGAACUCAAUAGAUCUGCUGGAAAAUGCGCGGGACGCUAUCGCUGCAGAUCCAAGCCAAGCCUCAAUCAUCCUCGCCAAGCUCCAGAACCCGGUGAAAGCAUCCUUCGACUCGAUCAAUGACAGUCUCAAAGAAACACACAGCAGCCUCAACAAAUAUUCCAAGUCUCUGGACAAGCUUUUCAAGGACAAACCCUUACCAAGCACCGAACAUGACGCCCUCUCCUCCCAAGAACACCUCAUCAACCGGGCCAUUGCGAUGCAUCUCCUGAGGGAGGGGCAGUUCUCGGUGGCAGCCACCUUCCUCGGUGAGAUGGCCGAAAAGAAAGCGACGGAGAAACAACAGGCCAACACUGCCAACGCCGCCGAGAACGCCGCAUCGAUCCUGGACAUCGACGAAGUCCCAUCCGGCGAGGUGCGCAAGCAAUUUGCCACGAUGUAUUACAUCCUGCACGAGCUGAAGGAGAACAACAACCUACUUCCAGCCAUACAGUGGGCCCGCGACAACGACGAGGCGUUGGCGGCGCGAGGGAGCAACCUCGAGUUCGAGCUCUGCCGACUGCAGUUCGUGUGGCUCUUCCACGGCGGCCGCGAGCAACAAGGUCCGACCCCGACCGGACGGCAGGCAGCGCUGGAGUACGCGCGCCGCGAGUUCCACGGCUUCGUGCCCCGAUACCUGCGCGAGGUGCAGCAGCUCAUGGGCGCGAUGGCCUUCUGCCCCAACCUCCAGGGCUCCCCGUACCGGAACAUCUUCAACAACCCGUCCGCAUGGUCCGACGUGGCCCACUCAUUCACCCGGGAAUUCUGCUCGCUGCUCGGCCUCUCCGCCGACUCGCCGCUGUACAUCGCCGCCACCGCCGGCGCCAUCGCCCUCCCCACCCUCCUCAAACUCCAAACCAUCAUGAAAGCCAAACGCACCGAGUGGACCUCCGAGAACGAGCUACCAGUCGAAAUCCCCCUCCCCCCCUCCUACCUCUUCCACUCCAUCUUCGUCUGCCCCGUCUCAAAAGAACAAACCACGGACGAAAACCCACCGAUGAUGAUGCCCUGCGGACACGUCAUUGCCGAGGAAUCGCUCAAAAGAUUAUGCAAGGGGAGCCGAUUCAAAUGCCCCUAUUGCCCCAGCGAGAGCCAUCCCCGCGAAGCCAAAAAGGUGUUCCUUUAGGUUCCAGGUUCCGUCUGCGUCGGGCCGCCGCGCAGGUACAGUCCAGUACCGUACAUAUCAAUUUCUUACUAUUUGUUUAGCGGGCGUUCAGGUUCAAUUCCACUUGCUAGUACGUGCAUGGUUUGGGAUUCAGAUCGGUCCUUAUUUCUCUAUCUCUUUUGGCGUACAUGCGGACAGGUUAAGCGUGGGUAGGAGUGCGGGGAUGUGGGAUUGUAUAUAGUUAGUUCUAUUUCUUCGUUGAAUAGGUGAACUUUAAAUCAACUGCAAGAACUUGACG